GAUGAUGCCACAGUGACGGCACACAGUUGCAUCUUCAUAAACAACAGUGCAAAGGCAUAUGGAGGAGCAAUUGCUGUGCAGCGCCACUCGACUGCAACCAUCAACAAAUGCAAUUUCACAGACAAUAACGCCAAUGAUGGAGGUGCACUUGGCAUACAGGGACAAUCGACGAUAGAGUCAAGAUCUUGUGUCUACGAAAACAACACUGCUGAAAUUGAUGGGGGGGCGAUUGCUACUGAUGGGUCAACUGCAAAUAUAAGCAAUUCCACCCUCGUGGGCAAUGGAGCCAACAACUCUGGAGGUGCUAUUUUUAUUAAGAGCCGCCCAGGCAAAGCUACCCACGUCGUUUGGACAAAAGAUCAUGGAGGUGCUUGCAAAGGAGAAGGGCAACAGAAAAUGCAUCGUGAAAGUGGUAAUCGUGGAAGUCGCUGUGUCUUGCGGCUGCAAUUCAAGCUUGAUUGGCAAAAUCAGAAGUGCCCAUCGGGUCCAGAUUUCUGGACCACGACUUUUGGAUCUCCAUCUCCACUAUGA